AGAGGGCAGCAGUGAGGACAAGCCACCAAACAUGGCCACAAGCAGGAGGAAGCAAGAGGAGAGGAACCUGAGGGUGCUGCGUGAACAGGGCGCCCUUGAAGCCAACAGGACCUGCUUCGACUGUCGGCAGCGAGGGACGACCUAUAUUAACAUGACUAUAGGGUCGUUUGUCUGUACCUCCUGCUCCGGCCUGCUCCGAGGCCUCAAUCCGCCCCACCGAGUCAAGUCAAUCUCCAUGGCCAGCUUUACCCAAGAGGAGAUUGACCUCAUUAAGUCCAGGGGUAACCAGUACUGCAGUGCGGUGUGGCUGGGACUGUACGACCCUAAGCUGACCCCUUUCCCCGACACCAAAGAUGAACACAAGAUCAGGGAUUUCAUGAUCACUAAAUACGAGAAGAAGAGAUUCUACAUAGACCCCAGUGUGGCCCUCAAGAUCAUGCCACCAAACCAGGAUACCAGUGCCUCCUCCUCUGCCGCCUCCACCCCAGGGAGCGACACAGCCAGCAGGGGUGCGGCAGGGGCAGCGACACAGACCACUACCACCACCACCUCCUCUGUCUCCCGUCCCAGUGUUCCAGCGUCCCAGUCACUAGGGUCGGUGAGCAGCAGCGGCAGCAGUCUAUCCAGCAUGACAAGCCCACCACCACAAAACAACAACAACAACAACAACACCACCAAACUACCCGGCCCCCGUCCCUCCGCCUCAUUAGACCUUCUCUCCGACCUCGGCCAGUCUACCCGGUCCGCCCUGCCUCCCGGGGAUCCCUUCGCCUCCCCCACGGCCAAGCAGCCCUCUUCCGGCCCCACAGCUGCCCCCGUCUCUCAAGCGUCAUUUGCUAACUUUGAAAAUGCUAAUAUCUUCGUCAAUAAUCCUUCGGGGCCCACCGCCAACUCCAGCCGGCCAGCCCCCCCAGGCCCCCACCUCCCAUUCUCCAGUAACCCCCUCACUCCACUCACACCCAACACCUCCACCACCUCCACCACCCCCAACACCACCGCCAGCGCCUCCCCAGCCCCCGCCAACCCCUCGCUGGACCGCUACGCUGCACUCAAGGACCUCGACGAGGAAUUCAAGAUACAGAAGGAAAAUGACUCCACCAAUGGUGGAGUGAGUUGGGCUGUCUCUAAUGGCGGAGGGCCCCACCAUCCCCCGACCUCCUCCACCCCCUCCGUCCCUAGCAACACCCCCGCCGCCAGUGUCUUUGGGGGCUCCAUGAACGGGGCAGUGUUUGGCUCACCUCCCACUGGGGUGUUUGGGGGCGGGGUGAAUGGCGGGGCUCCAGUGAUGGGGACGCCACCCACUGCCCCGUCAGCCUGGCAGAAUUUCUCGGGUCCUAAUCCUUUCUCAGGAGUAAACAGUGGAGGUGCUUGGGUGAACGGGGGAGCUCAGAUGACUAACCCACCCACACACACACAACAAGGCUUUGGAACUAUGGUGCAACCUAACCCAUUUGGAACUCUCUAUGGAAUGUGGGCCCCAGACCCGAAUUUCAACCAGUUUGGGGGCGGUGCAGCUAUGAAUGGGGCGGGGGCGGGUCCGGGGGCUGGUGGGGGCUGGGCAAACUUCUCCCACCCGCAGCAGCCUUCCAAGAUGCCCUGGACAGCUACCAACGGAACCCCAAACCCCUUUAUGGCCGCUGCCCCUCAGAUGCCUUCCAGUGGGUCAUCCUACAAUCCCUUUCUCUGAGUGGUCAUCUUCUUGGGACAGCCUCCUCUUCCUCUUAUUCCUCCUCUUCAUUCCUCACCAUCUCUCUCUGUCACAACUCACAAAAGACAAGCAUUUUAUUUCUCAACCGUCUGCCUGUCCGUCUGUCUGUCCAUACCUUAGAGCUAAUCUGAUUCACUAGUAGGCAGGAAAGUGUGCUGGGUGAGUGGGAGCAAUAGACGUCCAUCACUAACGUCAAGGUGGGGGAAUUAAUGCAUCUCGACACACUCUUAUUCCAUACACAAGACUGGUAGGCACUCACUCACUCACUUGGGAGGUUUGGGAUAGGCGCGGGAUGUGUGUUUGUGUGUGUGUGUGUGUGUGUGUUUUGGCAGGGGUGUUAUGUGGUGGUAUUGUUUGUGUACAUAGGUUUUCGUGUAUGUGAAGGAUACACUCACUCACUCACACACUCACACACACACACACACACACACACACACACACACACUUACAAGGACAUGUCAGCCUUGCCAUUAGUGCUUUAGAAAGUUUGUACACACAUACACAUACACACACACACACACACACGAGACAAUUAAAAGUCAAGAUAUGAUAAUCAAAAUAUACAUACAGGUCCUGCAAUAUGUGUGUGUGUGUGUGUGUGUGUGUGUGUGUGUGUGUGUGUGUGUGUGUGUGCGCACAUGGAAGAAGGUGGUGCUUUAACUUGUGAACGCGUAUAUGUAAGGCUCUCUUUAGUACAUGCGUAUAUGUGCGUGUGCGUGUCUGUGUGCGUUUCUCUAACCGCAUACAUGAGCUGGGAUGGAAAUAAUAAUUUUUUUUCUAACGUUAUUUAUUUAUUUUUAUUUUUUUACAAGAAUAUAAAUGGAAGAAUAUUUCCUUUAUUUUCUUCUGUCUAAAAGUCACCGAAUGAUAGGCCUAUUAGAUCCGGCCAUUGACUAUUACCAUUAUUUAGUUCCUGUGAUACUCCAUUAUUAUCACCAUUACUCUAUCAGUCACCAUUACCACCAUUACUAUCAUUAUCACCAUCGUCACUGAUUUAUUUACCGGCCUUUGUCGUACGUGAAAGAACGCGGCAACAUUUUUUCUGACUGACUAAGAGGGACACCAUUGCUACGUCCGUGAGAAUUGUAGUGCUUGUAGAAACUGUAUUUUUCUUUGCAUACGUGACUGAGAUGAAGAGGGGAAAACCGUAUACAGAGACUGAAUACGGAAAUACAGAGUUGUUGUGUAUUGUGCUUGUAGAAAACGCAUAUUUUUUCUUUUCGUACAUAAUUGAGAUGAAGAGGAGGAAAUGAUACACAGAGAUUGAAUACGGAAAAUGCAGAGGUUUUGUAUGGUGUGCCUGUAGAAGACGCAUUUUCUUUGCAUACGUAACAGAGCUGAAAUGAAGAGGAGGAAAUGAUACACAGAUUGAAUACAAAAAUGCAGAGUUCUUGUAUGGUGUGCUUGUAGAAGACGCAUUUUCUUUGCAUACAUAACGGAGCUGAAAUGGGGAAAUAGUAUACAGUGAUUGAAUAUGGAAAUGCAGAGUUCUUGUAUACUGUGGUGGUGGUAAAGAUGUAUUUUUGUUUGCAUACAUAACUAGGCUGACAGCGGGGAGAACAUACAGGUCUUAUGAAGGAAUAGGGAAACACAGUGUAUGGAAAAAAAAAUAUAUAGUUAGGAAAAAAAAUGAUGCAGGUCUUUAAGAUGAAUAGGAAAAAAACGUAUGGAAAGAAACAAUAUACAGGUAGGAAAAAAAUGAUAGAUCUUUAUGAAGGAAUAGGCAAAAACAGUGUACUUGUAUUAAAACUUAGUGUAUGGUGUGCUUGUAGAAAAGAUGUAUGCCCAUGUGUACUUGUAUGCUGUGCUUGUGGAAUGAACAUGUAUGAAUAAGAAACAAAUGAAGAGAUGUUUAUAAAGAAAGGGGAGGAAAGAAAAGGAGCGAAUAAUGUUGUGUAGAAGAAAACUAAGGUAGAAGAAAUUUAUGUAUGAGAUUUAUGAAAGAGAAUAAAUAUAGAAAUGAAAGAAAUUAAUAAACAAAUAAUAUGUAGAAGGAGGCUUAGGUAAAAUUAAUAUAGACGAGAUUUGUAGUGUUGUAAAAUUAGAAAAGGAGAAACUGAGUAAAUAUUAUGUAGAAGAAAACUUGACUUGAAUUAAUAUGAGAUUUAUGAAAGAGAAAUAAAUAUAGAUAAGGAGAAAUUAGUGAGAGAAUAAUAUGUAAAAGAGAACUCAGGUAAAAAUUGUAUACUUAUAGUGUUUUAAAAUUAGAAAAAGGAGAAACUCAGUGAAUAAUGUAGAGGAAAACUUGAUAGAUUAAUAUGAGGUUUUUUUAAAGAGAAACAAAUAUAGGAAAUGAAGAGAUUAAUUAGCAAAUAGUGUAAAAGAGAACUCAGGUAAAAAUUGUGGGGAUUUCUAACACUUGAAGAAAUUUAUAUACGAGAUUUGUCAAAGUAACAAUUAUAAGACAAGAAGAAGAAAUUAAGGAGGGAAUAUUAUGUUGAGUCAUAGAAGAAAACUUAGUGAAAUUUAUAAGUUUUAUGGAAGAAAAUUGAAAGAAAAAGAAAAUAACAUGCAAUAGAAACCUCACGUAGAAAUUUACAAAUGAGAAUUGUGAAGGACUAACAAUUAAAAGAAAAGGAGGAGAAAUGAUGCGUAAAAAGAAAACUCCACUAGAAAUUUAUAAAUGAGAAUUGUGAAAGAGUAACAAAAUAAAAAGAAUAAGAAAUAACAU